CAAGGGGAGCAUGGAGUCUUAGCCACUGGGUCACCAGGGAAGUCCCUCAAAACUGUUUUUUAAAAAAGAAAUUUUAUAAAAAAAAAAUAACAUGAAAUAAGCCAGAUACAAAAGGUCACAUAAUGUGUGAUCCCACUUAUGUGAAACGUCCACAAGAAGCAAAUCCAUGAAGACAGAGAGUGAGUUCCUGGUUGUCAGGGGCUGAGGAUGACAGCCGGUGGCACUGGGUUUCUUUUGGGGUGAUGGAAUGUUCUGGAACUACAAGUGAUGGUUACACAGCCCUGUGAAUAUGUUAAAUGCCACUAAAGUCUUCAUUUUAUUUUAUUUGGUUGUACCAUGGAGUAGGUGGGAUCUUGGCUUUCCCACCAGGGUUUGAACCUGUGCCCCUUGCAAGGGAAGCCUGGAGUCUUAACCACUGGACCCUCAGGGAAUUCCCUGAAGUGUUCAUUUUAGAUGGGUGAUUUCAUAUUCUGUGAAUUUCCCUGCAAUAAGAAUGAAAAAGAUGACGGGACCAAGUCUGUACUGAGUCUGGGACACAGUAAGUGCUCAUUUAGUGUAUGGAAAAGUGAUUUAUCACCAGCACAGGCAUCUCCACCCUGGAGUUUAGGGAUUUGUUGCAGGUUUUGUUCCCAAUGCUGUCACUAGUCUGCACACCAGGCCCUCCUGGUGGUUCAUCCUCACAGCUUCUUUCAUCAUCCUGUCCCAGGAAACUGCAGCCUGUCCUGGUCUUUGACUCACCCAGAAAGAAGACAAACUGGUUUAAAGUGAAGUGUGAUGAAAUUCAGUUGGAGGAAGGACUUACCUCGUUGGUCGAAGCCUGGAUGGGUUCCUCCUCCCUUUGGUCUCAAAACAAAACUCCACUUAUUUCCUGUGCUCACUUGAAAAUAUUGGGUUGCCCAAAAAGUUUGUUUGGGCUGUUCUCUAAGAUGUCCUGGAAAAACCUAAACAGAUUUUUGGGCCAACCCAGGAGAAGCUAUCAGGUGGGACCGUGGAAGCAGGUGCCUUCCGGUAGGACCUCCUGGAGCAAUGAGCCUGUUCUCCGUCUUUGCAGCUACCAGCCACACAUGGCUACUGAGCGGGUGCAAUGUGGCCAGUGCAGGUGAGUUCCCUUUCAUUUGUUUAUUAAUACAUUUCUUUGGUCUAGGGGGGCUGCUGUCCUCCCUACCCCUUUGGAGAAUGCAGGUCACAAGGCCCGAUAUCUGUAUUUCACCCCCAGUCCUUGGUUGAUCCUCAGACUGUCCUGAGCCCCGGUCAUAUAGUUGGUGCUCAAUAAAUGUGGUGGGACAGGCUGAGUGAGUGAGGGCUCUGGAUGGGUGGUCUCUCCUGGCCUUCUAAUCACCUCCAUAUGGUUCUGGCCCCGGCAUGUGAGACUGGGUUUGUGCUCAAUAUGCCCAUCUGGAAAAUGGGUCAGGGCACUGGAGUACCAGGAGAGUGGGGUCCCCCAUCCUUAACACCUUUACCCCUUGCUGGGGCAGAUCCUUGGGCCUCACGCCCCCUGGUGGCCACAUAAGGGAAUACACUCCAUCUGCAGAGGCGUGCCACUGGUGGCUCAGAUGGUAAAGAAUCUGCCUGCAAUGCAGAAAACCCAGGUUCAACCCUUGGGUCAGGAAGAUUCUCCGGACAAGGGAAUGCAACCCACUCCAGUAUCCUUGCCUGGAGAAUCCCAUGGGCAGAGGAGCCUGGUGGGCUACAGUUCAUGGGUUGCAAACAGUCGGACACAACCGAGCAACUAACACACACACACACCCCACCGGGAUGCACACCACAGAGCAAGAGAUGGAAGCAGGGCACAGGGACCCAGUGGGAGUGGGAGCACCCUACGCCCUGCAGUUGGGGCUGGGGGCACUCUGGGUAUCCCAGCAGGGAGGAGGUGUCUCAGAUGGGGACAUGGAGGAGGUGCAGCCAUGGGAGUCACCCACCCGCAGACAUGGAGCUGAUGUGUCCUUAGUUGGAGCGCAGCCUCCCUCGCAGUCUCCUCUCUGCCUGUCUUCCUGUCAUAAAGAAAGUUACGUAUUUGUCGGCUCCACAUCCAGAACCACUUUACAUCCCAGAAUGAACAUUUAUAAAAUAUAUUUGCACUGUGGGCUAAAAAGAAAUCCCAAGGGAAUAAAUGUUUUAAUUUGCAAUGUCCAUGGUUUUCCUGAUAGCCAGGGGUGGGGUGUGGGUCCUGCCCACAGAGUAACCGUCCUCCCACUGCCACGGGACCCGGGGGAUCCCCACACCCGGCGUGUCAGGUUACGUCACCUGCAGACCUACCCCUUUGGAGUGCUUGUCUGGUCUUGUUUGUUUUGCCUCCUUGGCUCGGCAUGUUUAGUAUCAGGGGCCUCCCCUGGCUCGGGGAGGAGCCAGGGAGGGGGAGCUUCACUUUGUGAAGAAUUUAGGUGCCCAGAACCUUCUGGGAGACGAGGACUUGGAGGCAAGGAAGCAGCAGACGUUGAGGGAGCUCAGGUGACUGAGCCCCAGACCUCCUACCGCUCCAGAGGUGUGAGAGCUCUCUCAGUUGCUCAUUUGCUCCCUUGCCCAUUCGUCUUUCUUUCUUUUAUUUUUGGUUGCACCUUGAGGCAUGUGGGAUCUUAAUUUCCUGACUAGAGAUCAUACCUGAGCCCACUGCACUGGAAGCGUGGAGUCCUAACCACUGGACCACUAGGGAAGCCCCAGGAGGUAGAAGAUUUAUCUUAAAACCCUGCACUGAGGGCCAUUCGGGUGGAACUGCCAGUCUUGGUUGCCUGUCAUGUUCAUUCCCUUCCAUUUAUUUAUUUAUUGAAUUAAAAAAAUGUUUGUUAUUGAAUUAUAAGUUGAUUUACAAUAUGGUGUUUAUUUCUGCUGUCCGGCAAAGUAAUUCAGUUAUACACAUAUAUGCAGUUUUUUUUUUUUUAAGUCACCACUUUUAAUUAAUUAAUUUGGCUGCCUUGGGUCUUCAGUUUCGACAUGUAGGGCUAGUUGCUCUUAGGCAUGUGGGAUCUUAGUUCCCUGACCAGGGAUGGAACCUGUGUCCCCUGAAUUGGAAGGUGGAUUCUUAACCAUUGGAUCACCAGGCAAAUGCCCACAUUCUUUUAUUUUUUGGUAUUCUUUU